AAGCAUUCCAUCAUUCAAUUAUUUCAUCACCACUGCCGUCUGGAUCAACUGUUAUUCUGCUUUUGGGACUGUUUUUCUUCAUAAUCUGUCGUUAUUGAGAUUUCCGGCAAGCUCUGUGCCUCCAGAAUACAAACAAAAUGGUCAAGCUCGAAGAACUCGAAGAUGAGCACUUCAUCAACAAGCCAGAUACCACCAAAGACGGCGCUCUGCUAGUUGACGACGAUGAAGACUACACUGACACGGACUCCGAGAUCUCGGACGACGACGCCGUCGAGCCCCCGCUAGACGAGACCCUUCUCGACCGCCUCUCCGCGCUGCGCGACAUCGUGCCUCCCAAAACCCGUGCCCGGCUGGCGUCGGCCACGCAGUCCGUCUACUCCGCGGCCAACGCCUCGAUCACCUACGGCGGGAAGAGCCUGUGGGUCAUCGCGACCAGCAUCCUGUUGUUGGGCAUUCCCUACGCGCUCGCGCUGGGCGAGGAGCAGCAGUACAUGGAGGAGGAGAGGCAGCGGGGGAUGAUGGAGCAGGGCGCCCAGGGCAUGAUCCAGGGCGGCCAGGCGCCCGGGCCAGGAGGCGACGCGAAGCCGGCGUUGUGAGAUUUCCAGUCUCGAGAGCGGGAUUGGGGUCGCUGCCCCCGGCCCUUUUCGUGAGGGCCACCCUGACGGUGCCGCCCAUCCACAGUCUUGCGCAUCCUCUUGUGGGACCCGGUCUUGGAAUAUACGUGCACCACCAGGGCAAGGAAAACCUGGCAUGUGAAACGGAUGAUCCCUGCUCUACCUCGUUACUGGGAGACGAAUGGCAUCUUUUUCGGCGGCCAUCAUUCUGAGCAAAGACCAAGGAGGAGAAUCAGGUGGUUCGGCGAGGGAGGGAGCGAAGGAGUGAGGAAAGAGUUCUUCGAACCCCCGCAAAAAGGGAAAUCACGGAAAACGAAUUGUAACAAUAUCUACUCGUCCACGCAGAGGGUCAAGCGGGGAGAGAGAGAACAGCCUCUUCGACAUCCACGCACAGGGGCAAUGAGUCUGGAUUCGAAGGUGGUCGUGGUGGUUGAUCUCAUGUCUUAAAAAAACCCAUUUCUUCAAAAUGAACCUCCCCGUGGCUUGACGUUCUGGCGGAGCUUUUCCAAUGGUGGUUGGAAACGUAGAAAGAACUCGUUCUCGCCUUUCCACCCUGAACCGCCAUCUCCUUUUCACUAUGUUUGUGUGCGCGCUUGUGUGCCUUGGUUUCAAUGCUUAUUUCGUAAACUGGCACGGAGGGAUAGUAAAGGGAGACCCUGUAUCCUCACCCAUGUUAUUCUCAGCCCCGAGAAGCU